AUGAGCGGAAGAGGCAAAACAGGAGGAAAAGCCCGCGCUAAAGCCAAGACCCGUUCGUCACGCGCCGGUCUUCAAUUCCCUGUCGGUCGUGUUCACAGGCUGCUCAGGAAGGGCAACUAUGCACAGCGUGUCGGUGCCGGCGCCCCCGUCUACCUGGCGGCUGUGCUGGAGUAUCUGACUGCUGAGAUCCUGGAGCUGGCUGGAAACGCCGCCCGCGACAACAAGAAGACCAGGAUCAUCCCCCGCCACCUGCAGCUGGCUGUCCGCAACGAUGAGGAGCUCAACAAGCUGCUCGGAGGAGUCACUAUCGCUCAGGGCGGUGUCCUGCCCAACAUCCAGGCGGUUCUGCUGCCGAAAAAGACCGAGAAGCCCGCCAAGGCCAAGUAA